UAUAUCCAUAUCUGCAUAUACUAAGAUCCUCCAUGUCGCCCCACACCACUCUGCUUUUCCUGUAACCCGGCCGGCGCAAGAUUGUGCGAGCACAUGGGCUGCUCCUUGGAAAGUUGCAGCAAGCCAUCCGCCGCGCCGAGCCACCAGCUGCCCCAUGCGUCCGACGUAGACAAAUCAAUAGCUCGCCAUCGAAGGAAAAGCCCCCCCCUGCAGCUAUAGCGGUUGGCCGCUCGAUCGACAUACAUGGCCUUGCCCCGGCGCGCGCACGAUCGACAUGGAUGACACAGCCCCACGUAAAGCUAGCCCGGCCCGGCCCUUUUGGCGAACGUGAACCGCUGCUUUUCCGGCGCCGAUGAGCCGGUGCUGACUCAUCCCCCCUGCUACCUGCCUUUAAUUCGCUCCAGAUUUCAUCACCACGGAGCCUAUAAAACCUGCCCCUGCCUCCUUAGCUUACCCCUCCCUCGCUCUCUCAAGUCUCAAGCACAAGCACGCAGAGAGACUAGGAAGAAGGUACGAGUCAUCUCUAUGCCAGUCAGCAGCAGGGAAUUAAGAAGAAGCAUGAGGAAGUCGAGCGGCCAUGUGAUCGGGGUGCCAGUGACCUCCAAGGCAUACGCUUUAGAGGAGGCGGCCAAGGGCGCCGGGGCGUGUAACAAGGACGGAACCGAUCGUCUGGCCGUCUCGUUGACGCACCCAAGCCCCUACUCAUCUUUCGGCUACAAGCACAGUAGCAAGGGCCAGGUGAUCCAUUGGGUGAGCAAGCUGGGCAGACGGGCUCAGGGCUUCAGGGACCACGUGACGUUGGGGCCGAAGCUGUCGGAGACGGUGAAGGGGAAGCUGAGCCUGGGCGCGCGGAUCCUGCAGGCCGGCGGCGUGGAGCGGGUGUUCCGGCAGGCCUUCUCGGCGGAGAAAGGGGAGCGGCUGGUGAAGGCCCACCAGUGCUACCUCUACACGACGGGCGGGCCCAUCGCCGGGAUGCUCUUCGUCUCCACGCGGAAGAUCGCCUUCCGCAGCGACCGGUCCCUGACGGUCACCUCCCCCGCGGGUGACGUCGCCAGGGUGCCCUACAAGGUGGUGGUGCCGCUGAGGAGGAUCAAGAGGGUGAAGCCCAGCGAGAGCGCCGAGGACCCGGGCCAGAAGUACAUCCACGUGGCCACCGUCGACGGCUUCGAGUUCUGGUUCAUGGGCUUCGUCAGCUACCAGCGGUGCUGCAAGUACAUGCAGCAGGUGAUCUCCGACUCCGAGCUGUGAAUUCAUGCGCGCGCGCGUGCGUCUGAGCGUCUCGUAAUGCAACGUCUUGUUGGAGCUAGCCAGCGCGCGCAGCUAGCCCUGGAUUAAGGAACUUUGCUCCACCAUUUUUUUUGAUGAUGAGAGCAUGUUUCUUGCGAUUUGGAUUGGCGGAUGUGGGUAUUAAUUGCAGUUUCUGUUUGUAGGACCAGGGAACUUGGUUUUACUGAAUGAAAAUAUUUAGCUUCUUUGCAUUAUGAUGAGAAUGCAUGUAUGUGUCUCUCUGAAAUUACUACUACUUUCGUUCUUAAAUAGAAUAUGUUAUAUCUC